AUGUGGGUGAUUGAAAAAAUUCGCACCUCUGCCGAAAGCGCCAGCUUCCCACUCCCUGCAGUGGACUACAGUUUCAGAAUUGGUGACAUCAUGUUCAGAGAUAAGGUGUCCCUGGAGAAAACCAGGAAAAGCUCCCCGUGUCCAAACGUCAUCACCCCAGACACCAUCCCGGAGUUCUGCAUCCCGCCAAAGAUCCCAUACCAGCAGGAGCUGAGAAGCACAAACGCGAGCAAACCCACCGCACCCCCCUUGGAGAUAUUCCACCCAAGGAGGGACGCCUCAGCACGCGACCUGCUCAGGGCUCAUGUCAUCCAGGUGGAGAAUGUGGACGAGGUACUCUUAGACAGUAGGCAUAGUGAUGAAGAAAGCACCAACGCUGACCCUCAGAGUCAGGCUGCACUCUCACUGCCUCACCUUGCCAAAGCUCAGACCUCCUAUGGCUUCUGCACCUUGCUGGAGAGCCCUCAUACUAGGAGAAAGGAGUCUUUGUUUCACAGUGAUCCCAGCUCUUGCAGCAUUCCCUUGGCUUUCCCCAGAAGUAGGUCCAGCUCCUACCCCAGAGUUGGGUCUUCACCCUCUACCUUUAGCCUCAAUACAAUGAGCACCAGAAUCUCCAACCCAGGAGUUGAGUCUUCACCUUCUGCCUUCAGCCUCAACACACUGACCUCUGGACUGUCCUCGAGGAAAAGCCCUUUCAAUAGGCUCGGCAAGCUUGGUGGCGACAAUACCUCGUCCACAGAUUCCUCGCCCUUUGGCUCCCCACUUCUCCAGAGGUCCCCACCAAAAUCUUCUCUGUUCAAGGCACUGAGUCGAGAGAAGCUGUUCUCCAGGAAUGUAAAGAGAACCGGCCUGUCCAGGAACAACUCCUUAUCCACAGAUGAAGGAAGUUCUACGGACAACAGCCCCAGUGUCAUUAGGAGGUCAUCUGACGGUUCCUGGGAGUUGCAGUCAAGUAACGUUGGUCUGGCACCCCCCACUAUCUUCCCAAUGGAGUUGGUAAUCUACAGAGACAGGGUAGUAAAGGAGAGCCUUAUCCCCUUGGGGACGGGCGGCAGCUUGAGGCUCUCUGCAGAGUACAGCCCAGAGAACCACCGUUUGCGGCUGCGCCUGAUCAGUGCAGAUGGGCUGUAUGCAUUGUCAGUGGACCCCAAAACCAUCGGCUGCAGCGUCACUAUUUCACUCCUACCUGGCAAAGUUCAGAAGCAACGAAGCUCCAUCAUACGGAAAAGCCGCAAUCCUAUUUUUAAUGAGGACUUCUUUUUUGAUGCAAUUUCUGAGGGUGAUCUUUACCACUGGUCUGUGCGCUUUAAAGUUGUUAAUAAAAUGCCAACAAUGAAGAGAGAUUACACCUUGGGAGACUGUGAUGUACCUCUGGCAUCUAUAUUAAGUCUGUAA